AUGAGCGUUCAAACAGCGGCCGAUAUCCCUCUCCUCGUGUCUUCGGAGAACGCGUCCACUGAACGCCGAAUCACACCUUCCUGGACCAUUGGACAGCUCAAAGCGAAGCUUGAGCCUGUCACGGGAAUCCCCCCCCUAGCUCAGAAGCUCACAUUAAGACAUGGCAAUCAAUCUACCGUGAUAGAGGCAUCCGAUGAGGAGAAUACCCAGCUAGCAAAGUUCCCGCUCGCACCAUACGCAGAAAUCCUUCGCCUGCUGUUUUGCCCAAGUGGGUACGCGGAGGUUUCGCCGAAAAAACGUUUCAAUGAAGAAAAUAGAACGAAGAGAUCAAAACUUGGUUUUUCGUAUGAUCGACAAUUAGCGUGUUCAAGUGAGCAAGGGUGGUGGUUCGCAGUCAUUUACUCUCUCCUUCUAGAAUACUCGCUGCAUCACGCAAAAUUAAGAAUGACCUACUGGUUGGCUCGGAGAGCACAUGCCUGA